AUGGCUGGUAAACAAAGAAAAGGAGGUAAUGCUUUGAGGCAGGGAUCUGCAUGGAGGGGGUACCGAGGACUCAUGGCCUUGCUACUGUUGGUGCUGUCUGCGUGCGGGGCUUCUACGUGGUGGUACAUGAGCUCUCUGGACCGUGAUGUUACAGAAACACUGGUCAGACAGGGUGAGCUGGUCUCUCCUCAACCCAGAGUCUUUACAGUCGAGUGCUCUGAAGACUAUGAGAACUACAAACGCUAUCCAGGAUGCACCCCUCAGACGUGUGGCCGUGCAGUUACAGACAGCGUGGUAACGAGGGAGGAGGCUCAGAUCCUCAGGAGGCUGGCUGAGAGGGGGCUAGCACUGGCUGGUUCAGAGGGAGGAGCUUCCAUACUGGACCUGCACUCUGGAGCACUAUCGAUGGGAAAACAGUUUGUCAACAUCUACAGGUACUUUGGGGAUCUCAUCGGGGACGUGUUCACACAAGAGGAUUUCCAGCUUUACAGAAACGUACGUGGGCGAAUCCAGACAGUUAUCGCUGAGACGUUUGGUUUGGACCCAACUCUGAUGUACCUCACCAAGCCCACCUUCUUUUCCAGAAUCAACAGCACGGUAGCCAAGACCCAACACGACGAGUACUGGCACCCACAUAUAGAUAAGGUAACUUAUGGCUCUUUUGACUACACCUCUCUUCUGUACCUGUCUGACUACGGCUCUGACUUCAGUGGAGGACGAUUUAUUUUCAUGGACCAAAAUGGAAACCGGACAGUGGAACCACGGGCAGGACGAGUCUCUUUCUUCUCCUCCGGCUCAGAGAACCUCCACCGCGUGGAGAAGGUAACAUGGGGGACGCGCUACGCCAUCACGGUGUCCUUCACCUGCGACCCUGCACACGCCAUCUCUGAUCCGGCCCUGCCCUGAGGCACCCAUGGGUGACGGCAUUGCCCACUGGCUGGGACAAACCCUGUAACGAAGAGGGGGAACAGGGUGGAAGGACAAGUGGAGAGAUGA